GGUGUUCCCAAGCCGUAUGGGAUAUAUAAUUCCUACAGCGAGUCUUCCUCCCAGUUGAAUGUGCCCAGAAAACCUCACAAGGAAGAAGCCCAGGAGUCAUCCUAAUCAGAUACCUCCUUUCAGCUCCUUUUGACGCUAAGUAGCAGCGGCUCCACUCCGAGCUCGCUCUGGAUGUGUGAGCUCCUCAUCAUAUCUCUAACACUGAACCCAACCACCUUAUGAAGGAAGGUUAUUUCAGCCACUUGUAUCCAUGAACUCGUUCUUUCAGUCACUACCCAAAGCUCAUAACCACAGGUGCAGGUUGGAACAUAGGUCGACUGGUAAAUCAAAAGGUUUGACUUCCAGCUCUUGAAAGAGUUUUAAGUAGCUGAUUAUCAUUUCAACAUAAUUGAUUAUCUAUUCAUCCACACUUGUGACAAUGAUAAUGAACUUACUUAUGAGUAGCCUCACCUGAAGGGCACGGCAGGUUUUAUGCUUCUGUAUGUUAGACUAGACAGUAACAACAGAGAGACUGUAAUCCACCAAACAAACAAACAAAACUUGAGAAAACUAGAUAUGAUCUACAGGACUAUGAUAAAGAUUUUGUUGAUAGCUAGUGGAGAGAAAACAUCAGUCCAUCAUUUUAAACAAGGAAAUAUUCCCUAAAAUAUGUCCUUGUUUCUUUAGUAUCCAGAUACUGUAUGUGAAGGGGAGUAUUCUGUGGUGACUUUAUAUUACUGAAUAUUUUGAUUGGUAUUAGGUUAUCAUUUACUUCAGCUCCCUCUAAGAGCAUGUUAUCUCUUAAUGAUAUUAAUGAUUUGUGUUUGACAAAUAUACAGUCCCAGCUGCUGCAACUACUACUACUAAUACAUCAGCCAUUUACUUAUUUAUACAUCCAUUCAUUACAGAGCAACAUUAUCAGUUAUUUGGAGCUGCGUUUCUAACCUCCUGAUGUACACAUGUCAAAUAAUCACUCUUCUUUUAGCUCUGUUUUUUGUCUCUACAAACUCUUGAGGGAAAUAUCUAGCUCUUUAGCUGCUACAUACUUACCUAUAGCCAAAAUUAAGCCAUAAGAGUAGUGAAGAUGGGGAAAAAAGUACACUUGAAAACCAGACAGCUUAACAAUGAGACCCACUGUAAAACUUCUAAAAGCCAAGGGAAAGUGCAGAUGCAGGUAAUAAUUCUCUAUAGGUUCAUCACCACCAGUGAAACCUUUCAAAUUGUCAUUUGAUACAUUGUUAUUAUGAAAAUAUAAAUUAUAACCAUGUUGUGGUAGACUUAGUAUUGAGACAUAAUCAACAUUUUGUAAAUUUAUAUUCCGUGUCAAAAACUAUGCUUAAAAUUAUGUAUACUUGAGUGAAUGAACAUUAAAGAAAAUAUUGAUAUAAUAUUGAAAUAUUGGAAAGUCCUGGAAAUAAUGGGAAUAUAAAUUGCAGUUAUAACAGGCCCAGGCAUGUCCAAACAUGCAGGACGCUAUUAGAACAGCCCCCAGAGUAGGUAGGCACAAAAAUUCACCAAUAGAAAAACAUAACAAAGGGUGUGUGUCAAGAAAUUGGAUGGAGAUUUCAAGGUAUAUAACCAAGAGCCCUGCAAGUUCCAAUAAGUGUAAUUCUGGGAGUUUACUGAGGGUGCCUGAGAAAACACAAACUCCUUUGCAACGGAUUCAGCUCUACUCAGUGGUUUUCUUUGUCCAUUUUUCUGACUCUUUUCUGACUGAGGAAGCAGUUUUUGAUAAAGUGUUGGAGGGGUUCUACGACCCAUCAGCUACUUUUACAACCAGGUUCAGUUCUGACCUCUGAGGAAAUGGAGAACUGGGGAGUCCAAAUCAGGAGAAACCAUCAACUGGCACUACAAAACAGGCGUGGUCUGCCAUCAGUCAUCAGUCAUCACAGAACUGAUGACUUGUGCCUGUCCCCCACCCCCACCCCUCGGCGGAGUUAGCAGAGCCCGCCCCCUUCUCCUCUCUCCCCGGCAGCCUCCGCCUCUCUUCCCUGGUCUGUCAUCCACACCGCUGUUGUUGCAGCCAUUUUACCGUGGACCGUCGGCACAGCGGCGACUGGAGGAUGCCGAGACAGCACCGUUAAAAGGACUACAAACAUGGCUGACGCGGUGCAAGGUCCCGUGGUCAGCCGGCCAUUGGCAUUUGCCAAUGAAGAGCGGAGGGCGGUUCACUCCUGGUCCCGGAUCUCAUCAGCGGGGCACAAUGUCCUCCUGGAUGCUCUGAAGAUCCUCAGCCCGAUGUCCCGUGACCUCUCGAGCACAGAGGAGCUGGUCACCUUCUUGCAGGAGCUGAGCGAGGAGGGCCACAAGCCCACUGUGCUGCACAGCAAGGACGUGUACCGAUACCGCUCCUGUACGAACCAACCCAUGACUGAAGAUAUGCUGAAGCCACCCAACAGGAAUGUCAGACCCACUGCCAAGAGGAGGGGAAGGAGAGGCCUAGCCAAGAAGAGAGAGGUACAUCCAUCCUGGAACACCUCUGAGAGGAGUAACCCCAGGAUUCAAGGGGUGCGCCCUCCAGAGCUGCUGGUGGACCAUCAUGCCGUUGUGUGCAGCAGGACCCCCAUUCGGACUGCAGAGAUGUCACAGGCAUUGCAGGUGCAGCCAUGUCUCAGAUUGACCAACAUUGAAGGCCUAUCUGGCUUCCACACGGCCAGACUCCAGAUCCACACUACCUGGGACUCGUCCUCUGAGGUGCCCUCUGUCACCUUUUCACAGCAACAGCACCCUCCAACGCUUUCAGGAAUACCUUUGCAGCCUUCUCAGAACGGUGGCGGGGCACCCACCAAAGCUGUGGCCUUGUUCAGCCAGAAGAGUCUGUCCUGCCCCAUUCGACUGGAUGGCGCCCUCAUCGGUGAUUCUGCACCAGUCUUCUACGCUAAUGGCCGGGCGUUUCCACAGACUCACACAGAGCUGACCAGCAACGGCUGGAGGAGCAAUGGCUUCCACCGAGAUGGUCGGGGCCCCAAGGAACUGACCAACCCACCCCGGCAGAGAAACGGUUGGAAGGACAAGAACAGUUUUAGAUGGAAAGUGAUAAAGGUGGACGAUUCUCGUUCAGUGGCGGAGGCCCGCAGAAAAGCGCAGAAGAUCCUACAGGUCAAUCUGUCUCCAGUGAUUCAGAUCCAACCUCUCAACCAUGUGCUGAGAGAUUUCAGAUACCAGAAUAAGUGACAAUUCCCACAAAACCCACACACAUUGUGUCCUUUAGCAGAUGUUCGUGUUUUACAUCCAUUAGCCUCUACCUGGCUGAGCCUCAGUGUUCAAAGCAGACGUCUUACAUGGGUUCUUGUGAUCUCUGCUGGGUGUUAGAGGUAGAAAAGUUAGAGUCUGUCUGCGGAGGUUCUGGUUCCUGACAGGGGCACGCCAGACUGAAAGGCAUUUAAAGUUAAAGUUUAAAGUUAGUUAAAAAUGAUGCUUUUCCUAGCAGGCUGGGAAAUGUCUGUCGGCCAAAUGCUGGUGCAUUUUCACUGUCAACAUUAGGUAAUGCUACACCACACUUCAACCAACCAUCAUUCUGCUUUGAGUUGACUGGCGGCUAACCAACGUUGGUGAUGAAUUUAUAGACGCAGCAUCCACUGUGGCUGUUAGGUCAAAGGUGAAUAUUCUGCCCUUCAACAAGGUUGCAAGUUGCAGGUGUUUGACGAGUAUUUAUAACUCAUUUCAAGUAUAUUCACAGUUUGUUUAAAAAAAAAAGUAUUUUUUACUUGUAUGGCUUAAAACAGUGCUGUCACUCUGUGGCACCCUAUUUUCAACUGGAAAGAAAGAGGAGGUGAAACUAGUGGUGGGACAGGAUAAUCCCAUUUUACAGCAAGAUGAACAGGUGGAUGAGUGAGGUUGGUUUGCAAAGUCUUCAGACAAGCUGAUGUGGUGGUUGGUUGGCUCCAACAGAUAAACUAUAAACAAAAAGAGGGAAAAAGAGAAAAGUCUUUAGUUUGUCUUCCUUUUUUAUAUUUUUGUUGUGUUUCCACUGGAGAUCAGGGAGCAAGUACAACAGGGAAUCGAACCCAUGGCACACACAGAGUGAUACCUAGAUGACUUGUUUGAACUACAGUCCUUCACAAAGUGUUCCUUUGGUUUAGUUUAUCCACACAUGGAGAAAAAAAAACAGAUUAAAUUAUUGACUGUUGGGAGUAUUUAAUGUCUUACGGUGACAAAACAUGAAUCAAUGAAAGCAGCUGCCGAAAACAGUGAGUAUGGAAGAGUUAUCAGGCCUCUUUAAAAACACUUCUGAGGUCUUCAAAUCUUAAUUAUGAGAAAACAUUGAAGAUAAGACUUUUCAGCAUUUUCUCAUUAUUAAACUUGAUCUCAGAAUCAUGAUUUUACAGAUAUCUGACUGUAAUUUUAGAGUUUAUUCUCCAAAAUACAGCUUUUUUUUCCUGAAAAUUCUUCCUUUCUAUAAUGUAGGCUUGGUCCAUCUCUGUAAGUUUAAGGAGUUUUACAGAUAAGAAACACCAAGAUGUACACUUGGGCUGGGAAAAUACCAUCAAUUCAAGAUUGUUCAAAUUUCUGGCAACCAACCAUCAGUCGGAGCCCUGAUGUAAGACAUUUGUUUGGCUAAUUUAAAAAUAUUUCUGGUGAAAUUUGUUAGUUUGAGCUGCAGGCCUGUUUGUUUCUUGACUUUGAGACUGCAGCAUCUGAAAGUCUUAUCUCCCACCAGAGCUUGUUUGUGUUGUGCUCUGUUGAGUCGCCCAACAAAAUCUACUUAUAGUUUCUUGAAUUCCUCAGCUGUGAUGAAACUGUUGUGACUUUCUUUCAAACUAAAAAAAGCACUUUGAAAGUGUGACAAUGAUUCAUUGUCACCUGUUUCUGAUCAUUAAAGUCUUUAAUAUUUUUAUUUACUGCAGCACGUAGAAAGUAUUUGAAGUAAUCUCUAAAAUUUUGUUUGAUUUUCCUUGAACCCACACUGGUUUUUGCAACAGGUGCUAACUUUGCAAUGUUGGUGCUGAAUUAAAUGACUGGCACAAGAAUGUCAUUGUUUUUCUCUGCUACUAGUUCAUAUUGGAGUGUUUUAGGAGCAAUGACUUCCUGUUGUGAGUUAUUCUCUUGAGGGACUGAUAGCCCUGCUGCUGCCCCCUGCAGGUUGGGAUGAGCAUGCCAAACCGCCUUGUGUGCUUUCCAAAGGGUUUCUACUGUGAGGAACCACACAAAUUCAUUUUCAUGUUAUCAUCUGUGAAAAUUUCCUGUGUAUUCUCCUGGAAAAUUUUGUUUGAGAUGUUUGGGCAAAACCACAUUCCAUGAGAUAAAUACAUUAUCAAGUGCUAAUGUUUAUUUUUUGGCCUCGUAAACCAUAGCUUGGCAAAAAAACCUUAACUUGUAGUCUUCCUACUAGUUUUUUCUGGAGCCUAUACCAAUUAAGUGCAGAUAAAAGCUCUGGAAAAAGCCAGUGAGAGGGCCUUGAUAUUAGAAGAAUUUAUUAAUUUAACAGCCAGAUCUCAUGAGAUAAAACAAUUAAAUCACCAUCAGGUCAGAAAUUAAGGUCUUGUGUUAUAAAAUGAAACUGAAUUUCUAAGCACUUGUUUGAGGUUUAAAUGCUGUGCAGUAGAAAGAAUUAAUCAGAUUUGGUGUGGAAACCUGUACUUUCAGUUUUGAAGGUCAGGCAUUAUUCUCAAGUGAGAAAACUGUUUCUCUGUUGAAACUGACACCACAUCAGUGUUUUGGUGGUCGACUUUACAGACUUCUGUGUCUCUGUUCUGGUGAAUUUUACGUUAUGGAAGAGUCUCUUGGUUUCGCUGCACACUCUCUCUCUCUCUCUCACUCCCUCCGAUCUGUCUGUAUACAGUCAUGUUCAUGCCCACCGACAAUUCCCUUUUGUAGAUCUUAUUUCUGUUAGUCUUGUUUGUGCAACACUUGUAUAAUAUUGUAUUUCCUACAUGAUCUUUGAAAACUUUUUUGGUUCAAUAAAACUGAUCUGAAAAGAA